UCAGCUUCGUCUGUCAUCAUUCACUUCUCAAUAUGUUUAGAUAUCAACUUACUUGUUAGCAGCACAGGCAUUGUUUGUUUCGUUUGAUACCCAGAAUGAAUUCCUGUUGCCGCGGACUUCUUAUCUUAUUCUCUGUGAUCAUUCUUUUGAUGUGUUUUGUGCUCAACCUGAUAACGUAUGAUUGCAGUGUCAUUAAGUACGCACAGUCCAGCAUUCCUAAUCAUUGUCAAUCUCUGGAUAGCAGCAAUGUCGCAUACAUUGACACUUGGGGUCGAGCUUUGAAUGGCAGCAUCUUAGUGCUUUGUGCGUUUGCAGUGAUUGGUGUAGGAAGGUACAAGAAAGUGGCUAUGGCUGUUCUUGGAGUGGGAGGAAUUCAGUUGAUUAUUGCUUCUGGAUUUUGCUUCAAAGCCUACUACCUGUCUAUCAACUAUCCAGGGGGUGCUUGUUGCUACAGUUUGAGUAUUGACACUUGUGUUGUAUCAGACGUUGCACGUCAGUGUCCCAAAGAUUGGUUUAGUCAGAGUGCUAGUUCAUUUGUCUCAGGAAAAGAAUGCAGUGUACCAACAUGUUGGGAUCAUGCUCCAAAUGCAACUCAUUUUCAAGAUUGCACCAAUAUCACCGAUUGUAAAAGAGAUGAGACUUGCUCACAAUCACCACCUCUUGUGGGCAAAUGUAUAUGUAAGCCAGGAUAUGGUCGAUCUACCAAGCAUGCUUGCCUUCUCUUGGGAAAACAUUCGCAGAUAAACAUAAACAAACUCAGUGGGGCAAGUGUUUUCCAAUCUCUUCUUACUGUGUUAUCAGCUGUCAUAUCUGUCGUUUUAUUGGUUGCUCUGCAUCGUAACAUUCAAUACAACAAAUCCAGUUCAGGCUUCACUUAUACACAUACUGAACAUGGAAUUGCCAUGACAGAUGUGGCAACAAGCAAACAGGAGCAAUCUCCCAUAUUAAUUAACUAAUAAA